CAAUGACCCAGGCAACAUCUUAAAGCAGCAACAGAAGCGUCAGAAAGUGCCACCAAGAGGAAUUUAUCGUGCCCACCGAGGGACGAAUCUUACAGUGGAGUUUUUUUUUUUUCUCAUCAUCGCCGUGGCUGUACUAGGACGGAGACCCACUGUCAUGGCAGCUCCGCACACCCCGCCUCCGGGCUCCGCCUCCGCCUCCGGGCCGGGACUAUCCGCAACGUUCUCAACUCCGGGUCUGCCACCGGAUUAUCGCGAUGCGCUUGGGCUUGAUCUGCAUGGAUAUGUGGCUCCCAGUAUCGAAGAGGCUUAUCAUAUCCAUGCUUUGCACAAUGGCGCUGCUAUCGCGACGCCAGCAACCCCUGGCCAAUUUGGUAUACUCGCGCCGAUAGCAGUGUCGGUGCCUGUUAUGGAAACACCAGUCGAUGGAAUAUUCAGUGUGCAGAAUAAUGCUCACAGGCAGGAGGUUGGAAGAUCAAAUGGCCACUUGAGCAGUAAGAUUAUUGUUGAUCCCCCGGAUCUGGAGAUGUGGCGGAAUAAGCUGUUCAACGUGGACGAGACGAUAGUUCUUACACAUGAAGAGUUCGAGACAUAUUUUCCUCAUGUAGACAACGUCUACUCCCAUCGUUCGACACAGCGUUAUAAGCGCAAGCCGUUCAUCUCACACUACUGGGACUGUCGUAUGAAAGGCCGUCCUCCAGGAACACCCAAAUCCGAUGACCCCAAUAAGAAGAAACGAAAGCGAAAUGCGCGCCAGCGCGAUCUAUGUGAUGUCAAGAUAAAAAUUACAGAGCACUUCCCGGGGGCUCGACUGGGCCUUGAUAACACCAGUGGUCUUGACGUAAGUCUGGCAGGACAGCGAUUGUGGACAAUACAGAGAGUCAAUGGCAAUGGAGGUAAUGGAAAGGGAGACGGUGUGGCUGGGCCACAUAAGCAUACGCUUGAAAGGAGUGACGAGAUAAAGAAGAAUAGUGUGCAGAGGUAUUUGGCAAACCAAGGGGGUGUGAAAAAGGACAAGGAGAAGGUCCAGGUAAGCCAUAUCCAUGACGCCAAUUCUGAAGAAAAGGAGUUCCUAAUAUGGGGAAUUCUUGAAAAGGCUCCUCUGAAAGCCACAGGAGCUGCACUACUCACAGCUAGAAAACACGCGAAGGAGAAUGAAAUCAAGCUCUACGCGGCAUGUUUCUGUCCAUUCUCUCAACGUAUUUGGAUCGCUCUGGAGGCAAAAGGCAUGCCCUACCAGUACUGCGAAACAGAUGCCUUCCGUCACCCAACCCAACCCCUCCUUGCUGACCCUAAUGGCUGUGUGCCAACCAUAGCACAUAGCGACUGGUCAUGUUCGAAUAGUGCUGUCAUAUUAGAAUAUCUUGAAGAUCUCGGCCAAGGAACACCGAUGCUUCCGGUAGAUUCAAGAUUGAAAGCCAAUUGCCGUUUCUGGAUUGACCAUAUCAACCGUCAUAUCGUCCCGAACUUCUUCAAACUCCUCCAAUAUCAAGACCCGGCUCUUGGAGAUGAAGCAAGAGUUAGUUUACAGGGCAGUAUAGAUACUCUUGUCGAAGCUGCAGACAAAAAGGGCCCGUAUUUUCUUGGGCGAAGCAUGUCUCUGGUCGAUAUACAUCUAGCACCUUUUGCUCUUCGAUUCUAUAGGACUCCGAUCCCUGGGAAUAUACCGUCUUCCCCGCCUGGAUCACGCUGGGCGCGAUGGCUGGAUGCUAUCGAGGGAGAUAGGAGCGUGCGAGCCACAACCAGCAACCACGUGUUAUACAGUGAGACACUAGAUGCCUUGAUAAAACAACAUGGGCGCCAUCAAAUUCAAGAGGCUACACAUCGAUAGUGAGCCCCUAGCAAUGCCUGAAAUUCCCGGUACAUUGGAAAGAUUGGUAUGAAAUAUCGACCGGAGCAGUAGGAUGUACCUUUUCCAGGCGUAUUCCGGUUGCGGUUAAGGGGUAUCUAUUUCAUUAUGAAUAUUUAUAUGGAAAGCAUAGCGCCUGGCGAGGGCGCAUAGCGCCGCAAAUAUGUGAUAAUUACAGUUCAAAUUGCCAUGAGGCCUCUAUAUAGUACCAUCUGGCACAGAGGGAUCGCUUCUCAUGGACCCUCUCUUCCUCCUCUUGAUAGCAUCCCACUUCUCCUCUAUCGUCACUAGCUCGCCCCCAAGUCGUGCUUUGACUCUUCCUUCACCAAGCUCCUCGAGCGUUUUGGACUCGAGGUAACUCUUACCAUCGUACUCGACGCGACGUUGGGAAUCAGGUAGGUAUGCCCAGGAGAAGAUGGCACCCACAGCAGCCACAGACCCAAAUAGGAGAAAGAUGAGUCCUUGCCUGUUUUCUGCUUGAUAUGACUGGUUUAUUCCGUACACCACCAGAACAGCAACGAGACUGCCUAGCUUCCCUGCAGCAG